AAGUCCAAGCAUUGUCUAGUCUGAAAAACCACCUGAAAUGGAGCAAAUCCAGCACAAGUACAUAACCGUACAGGGCCUCAAGCUCCACGUCGCCGACAUCGGAACAGGUUCCAAUGUGGUCGUGUUCCUGCACGGCUUCCCGGAAAUUUGGUACUCGUGGCGGCACCAGAUGAUUGCGGUAGCCAACGCCGGCUUCCGGGCCAUCGCUCCCGACUACCGUGGAUACGGACUAUCCGACCCGCCUCCCCAAUCCGAGAAGACCUCGUACCAUGACCUCGCCAGUGACAUCCUUGGAAUUCUUGAUUCCCUUGCUAUUCCCAAGGUUUUCCUAAUUGCAAAAGAUUUUGGAGUUGGGGUGGCGACAUUAUUUUCCCUUCUGCACGCGGAGAGGGUCUUCGGCGUUGUAACAAUGGGAGCGCCAAUCAUGCCACCAGGCCCUCGUAGAAUCGAUAAAUCUCUCCAAGAAGGUCUCUAUAUUUCAAGAUGGCAGGAACCUGGACGGGCAGAGGCUGAUUUUGGGCGCCUUGAUGCGAAAACAGUUGUUCGUAAUGUUUACAUCCUUUUCUCCAGAAGCGAAAUACCAAUAGCUGCAGAAGACCAGGAGAUUAUGGACCUCGUGGAUCCAUCUACGCCUCUUCCCCCUUGGUUCAGUGAGGAAGAUCUUGCAGCAUAUGGAGCUUUGUAUGAGAAAUCAGGUUUCCGAACUGCGCUGCAAGUUCCGUACAGGGCAAUUAGAGACGAGCCUGCUGUAUCAAAUCCAGUAGUUAAAGCUCCGGCACUUCUUAUAAGGGGUGGCAAGGAUUAUUCGAACAAAUUUCCAGGGAUAGAGGAUUACAUAAGCAGUGGAAAGUUCAAAGAGUUUGCCCCCUAUUUGGAGAUUGUAUUUCUUCCCGAAGGAACGCAUUUUGUUCAAGAACAGUCACCUGACGAGGUCAAUCAGCUGAUCCUCACCUUCCUCAGAAAGCACAUUUGAAACGGCUUUUGCUUGAAGAUUGCCAGAGAUGGAAGUGAGAUUUGUCCUUGGGAAAAAGAUGCAUGUGAUGUGAAACUGCCAAUAAUGUAGUGGUGAGGAAUCUUGUGCAGAAGGCAAAAUUUGUAGUUCUCUCGUUCCAUCCCGGGCAAUAAGCAAACCUUGUGUCAAAUACUGUAACAACAGCCAUCCUCAACAUUCAUCUCCCAAAUAUGAACAUCUUCGUCCCAACGGUUUAGCACAACUUUUGAUCUCGGAGUCCAAUUUUAGCCUUUUCGGAAGCAGAAUGACGGGACAAAAUAAAGCUCACCCCCGCUUUGCUGUGACAUAAGAUGGAUUUCGAGCGUUCAACGUCGUUCAGAGGCAUAAAACUAUGUCAUUGUACAUGGAUAAGGCAUAAAACUAUUUCAUUGUACACGGAUAAUGCAUCUUCAUCCAAUCAUGUUUUGUAAUAAUAUUUUGGGGCUCCAGUUCGUCCAA